CGACAUGGAUGUUGCCCACCCCCGCAAGAAGCUCACCCUCUCCUGUUCGCGAUGUCGCGCCUCCAAACUAAAAUGCGAUCGCAAGGAGCCUUGUUUGGAAUGCGUGAAGCGCGACUGCGCCCACCUAUGUACCAAGGGUGAGCGUCAACCGAGAGCCAAGCGGACCAAAACCCAACGUACAGAACAAAAUCGCAGCCAAGUGACGCCGGAGGAAGAGGAAGAACCGGAGGUCGAAGAAACGGCGCAGAUCUUGGAGCAUUUCGUGGAUGUCAUUCCUAUGCCCACCGAAUCAGCGGACGUGGCCCCUGACAUCCCCAAUCGAUACUGGGUGACCCAGGAUCCGCAGAGGCUCGACCAAAAGUUUGCCUUGAUCCGAGAUGUGGUUCACGCCCUGCCAGAAUGGAAUAUCAUCCAACUCCUCUACGAGGUCUUUGUCACGCGUUGCCAGGGACCACUGGGAAAUGUGGUGCACACCCCAAGCUUCAUGAAGCAAGCCGAUCAAUUGCGUCACUGCUUAAGUAUGGCUUCCCCCGACGCGGCCAUCACCAGUUCGCUAUCUCUGGACUCUCUUGCUGGUUUGCUUCUCGCGCUCGUGCUUGGACUCGCCUUUCAUCCAACCCCGUCUCUUUUGGGUGUCCAACUCACCCCGUUGACUUUCCGUGUAGAGCAACUGCGUGCCUCGGAUGAGCCUGCAGCGACAUGGCGGUCCCUCGGCGUGCGUUGUCUCCAGGGAGGUAUUUCCCUCUUUUGUGGCUCUAUCUCCAGCUUACAGGCGGCCAUCAUGCUUCUGUUGGAUACAAAAGAGACCUCGUUGGGGCUUGAUGCCGUCUUGGUUACCGCCAUUUCGGGUGCGCGCAAACUUGGAUUGCAUCGCUUGGGCAAUGCCAUUUUGGAUGCCUCGCCUUCCUUAGAUUAUGGCUCUGCGACCGCUGAACCACCUCACAUUCGCACCGAGAUUGCGAUUCGGAUUUGGUGGACUCUUGUCUUAAGAGACUGGUCGCGCGGACAAGCUCUUGGCUACUAUACCAUCCGCCCCUCACAAUUUAAUACCCGGAUGCCAUUGCACCUCAACGAUGACGAUCUGCUCAGGGCACAUGGCAAGAUUCCCGAGCGCCCUCGGUCUGAAUUUACCAUGCUGUCCUAUACGGUACACGCGUUGGAGUUGUCCAGCAUUGUGCGGGAAUUAAUUGAUCUCGGGGACGCCGCAAACGAAGCUGCCCAGCGGCGCCAGCACCUCAAUCGAAAAUACGAAAAGUAUGUGGCAAGUUUGCCGUCUUACUUUAGAUUGGGAAGCACCGUCGGACUCACAGCCAUGGGUCCCAUGGCCGCCAUCCCAGUCCAACGAUUCAUGUUGCAUCAACAGCUGUGGAGUCUCCUCCUCCGCCUGCAUCGCUCUACUCUCUCUUCUCCCAUGGGACGCGCAUCCUGCCAGCAGCUGGCUCAUAACAUUAUCAACACGCAAGCCCAGAUCCAAGCCCGCUGCACAGUUUGUGGCUCACUAUCCACCAACGAAACGCAACUCUUCAACGCGACCGUUGUGCUGGUCUUGGGGCUGCUGUUUGAUUCUCCGUCGACCGAGGCCGAGCGCUCGAGUGCCCAACUCGGUCGCUUAAUGACGCGAGACCAUAUUCGGGAGGCCAUUGAACUGUUGCGUACCAAAAUUUCGCCUGAGGGAUCCUCCGAAGACGCUAUACCCCAAGAACCGCUCCAAAGCUCGGUGUCGCGCAGUGUUGUGGCCCUCGAGGCACUGAUGAAGUUGGAAGAGGAUUCAGGUGACGGUGUCAACCGCCAUGCGGGAUCGAACCAGAAGCGUCCCCUCUACCGCCAGGUGGUGGAGAUCCUGAAGACCUUGAAUGGUCCAACCACUCCCGCUGAUUUACCCGUUCCAAGACUAUCGACCCCUGGGGACACCUCUUUGACUCUCUCCAAUCCUGUCGCGGACGGCUUCCCCGAUCUAGAUGUAAUGCCCAUUCUGUCUAAUGGACUGAGUCCUAAUAUGUGGGACUUCUUGGACUUCCAGCUACCGGAAGAUGUAGGCAAAGAGAAGUUCUUGCCUAUGGCCGGAGACGUUUACGGGGCAAUGGGUGUUACCCACGCUUUGUAUCCAAGCCAAAGCAGUAGCCUCUCGGGGACGCGCUUGACCCAUGAAUCCCCGUCGUCUAUGGGGAGUGAACCCACGUUGGACCCCGCGACGACCCCUUCGAGCGCUGACGCCUUUGCGGCUGCUAACUUUUACGAAGUCAUGGGAAAUGGGGGCCUUCCUCCCUGGUGA